CUGCGUAUCGAUCGUUGUGUUCCUGACGUCAGACGUGUGUGUGUGAGGGUUAAUACGGACGUUUUUGCCGUGAUAGGAGCGGUUUGGAGCUGCAGUCGUUUCUCACAGUGGGAAUUUAUCGAACUGGGAGUCCUGGUGUUCCUGAUGGGGAUAAAAACAGACCACGCAGCCGGACACAUCACACCAACACACGCAGGAACGACACAAUGCGGCGCAUGCAGGGGUUGUGGACGUGCUCGGUGCUGAUCGUGAUCCUGGUUACUGAGUCGCACUGCGUUCAGAAGUCGGCUCUGACGAAAAACUGGGGGCCGCAGUCGAUGCUGUACCUGAAGGGGAAAUAUGGCAGGAGAUAUAUUCCAGACAGCGACGUGGAUUUUUAUAAAUCAGCUCUGAAAAGCUUGUAUGCAGUCAUCAGAGAUGAAGUCGCUGCGAGCUGGACGAUCGACGCAUCUCUUCACGGCAGAGAAUCUGCUUAUCCGUUACACAGAGUAGGCUCGCUUUGUGCAGACCAGAAUGUUCAUAAGUUGUAA